AUGCUCCAAGAAUUAGAAAUAUUUAAUUUCUCGUGUCCCGGAUUAUUUAACGUUGCUCCAUCUUUGCCUCUGCCAAGUCACGUGACAGCCUCCAAACGUGAUAUAAUUAUCAGUCUAUCUUCGGAGCAUUUACCUCUGUCUAAGCACUGCUGGAGGCCGGAACCCAAAUUGAAUCAAUCAGGCUUGUAUCUGAGCACUGCCUGUCGAGAACGGCGAGGAAGUGGCGAGGUUCGUAAAAAUCGGCAUCGGGGGCGUGCGAUCCAGGCAGCGGUAGUGGUGGCGGAGCGGCAGGGGUACUAUGGGAGCGGGGGUAUGGGGGGCGGAGGAGGGCUACAAGCCACGGACCUCCGGCGAAGGCUCGAGUUCCAGUGUACCGGAGGAACUUGUUCGCAGGGUCUGCGGUCCCUAAGGCACGACAGCUACCAUGCUACCGAGGAGAACGCCGCGUGUGACGACUACGAGGACAGGAGGACUGACCACGAAGCGAUCCUCGCUUCCGGUCAGCCUACCUGCACAGGCUGUCGGCGAUCGUACAGGCGCCAGGAGAGCGAAGAGGUUGAGAAAAGGGGGGAGAUUCUGAAGCGACGCAUGCCCGAAUCAGAUGAGAUCAGUGCGGUGUACCGGAAGCUGCGGCUUUGUCUGGGUCUUUUCGAACACGCGAGUAAAAACGAUGAAGCGGAAGAGGACGACGAAGAAAAAAGGCAUCGGUUACGGUGGUGUCGCAGGGGCUUCCGACGAAUCGUGGAAGUGGCGACAAGAGCUCUGCUCCUCGGCAUCGCGCUUCUUGUCACGCCAGGACUCUGUCAACAGGACGCGGUGCACAUCACGGCUAUUCUUGGGGAGAGCGUUGUCUUCAACUGUCACGUAGAGUUCCCCGGUGAGCACCCAGUGCCCUACGUUCUCCAAUGGGAGAAGAAGGUAGGCGACACGGAGACACCGAUAUACAUAUGGUACGAGUCGUAUCCGACCCACAGUGGCGAAGGAUACGAGGGUCGUGUCUCGAGGGUGAGCGAGAAUUCACCGUACGGCCAGGCCAGCCUCAAUCUGACGAAUAUCCGCGAGAGUGAUCAAGGAUGGUACAAGUGCAAGGUCGUCUUCCUCAACAGGUCGCCCAACAGUCACAAGAACGGUACCUGGUUUCAUCUAGACGUCCACGCGCCACCCAGAUUCAGCAUAACGCCGGAUGAUAUGAUAUAUGUGAAUUUGGGUGAUGCGAUAAUACUCAACUGCCAAGCUGAGGGUACUCCGACGCCAGAGAUCCUUUGGUACAAGGACGCGAAUCCGGUUGAGCCCAACGGCCGAGACGUCGGGAUAUUCAACGACGGCACGGAACUCAGGCUCUCGACGAUCAAGAACGACGAUAUCGGUGAUUACACCUGCAUCGCCAGGAACGGGGAGGGCCAGAUCAGCCACACCGCGCGCGUCAUCAUCGCCGGUGGAGCCGUUAUUAUGGUACCGCCGACGAAUCAAACGAAGCUGGAAGGCGAGAAGGUGCAAUUUUCUUGCGAAGCAAAGGCACUUCCGGGUAACGUGACGGUGCGCUGGUUUCGCGAAGGCGCACCUGUCACAGAGGUCUCUGCUCUGGAUACCAGAGUGUCCAUCAAGAUAGAUGGUAGUCUGGUUAUCAACCCCGUCAGCGCCGAUGACUCCGGUCAAUAUCUGUGCGAGGUCACUAAUGGCAUCGGCGAUCCUCAGACUGCUAGCGCCUAUCUGAACGUCGAGUAUCCAGCGAAGGUUACGUUUACCCCCACUGUCCAAUACCUGCCGUUCCGUUUGGCCGGUGUGGUCCAGUGUUACAUAAAAGCCAACCCACCCUUGCAAUACGUGACCUGGACCAAGGAUAAACGCCUACUCGAGCCUUAUCAGACAAAAGACAUUGUUAUCAUGAACAACGGCUCCCUGCUCUUUACACGGGUCAAUGAGAAUCACCAAGGCAGAUAUACCUGCACGCCUUAUAACGCCCAGGGCACGCAGGGCAGCUCGGGUCCGAUGGAGGUCCUCGUACGGAACCCGCCUGUCUUCACCCUCGAGCCGGAAGUAGUGUACACGAAGAAGGUCGGCGAAACGGUCGAGAUGCACUGCGACGCUCAAGAGGCCGACGGAACGCAGAAACCAACGAUACAAUGGCAUCGGAGAGAUGGCGGACCUAUCCAACGUACACGCUCGAAGAUUGUCGGUGGCAAUUUAACCAUAGAGAGCCUUCGACGCGCAGAUUUCGGGUUUUAUCAGUGCGUCGCCUCCAACGAAGUUGCCACCAUCUCAGCCUCGACGCAACUAAUCGUCGAGGGAACGCAACCCCAUGCACCUUACAACGUGUCGGGCACUGCCACGCAAUUCGCGGUAUCGCUAACUUGGUUACCAGGCUAUUCCGGUGGUCCUGAUUACAAGCAAGAUUAUACUAUCUGGUACAGGGAAUCGGGAACUUCGGAAUGGAAGACAAUCCCCGUAACUCCAUCGGGCAGCACAUCGGUAACCAUCAACAAUCUUACGCCUAGUACGCUCUACGAAUUUCAAGUAAUCGGAAAGAACGCCCUGGGCGAGGGAAUGUUGAGUAAAGUCAUCACAGUCAGGACGAUCGAUAUUCUUGAUUACAAUACCCUCGUAUUACCGACUGAUUCCUCAGGAAACCCCGCGUUUCCGCCAAUCAUACGACCGAAAGGACCAAAGCCAGGUUCUCCCAAGAAUCUCACGGUGACGGAAAUCAGCAACGGUUUCCUAAUAACCUGGCAACCUCCUUCGGAAAAAACCCAUCUUAUCCAAUACUAUACUAUCAAAUACAAGACGGACGGACCUUGGAAAACGCUCAACAAGGGCCAAAUACGACCCGAGGAGACCAGUUAUUUAGUGAAGAACCUGGUCGGUGGUAGGACCUACUAUUUCCAAGUGUUCGCCAACUCAGCCACGAAUUACGGCGCGAGCGACCAGGUGAAGUUUCCCGUGCCGGCUCGUGUUAAGCACAAAGCGAUCACCGCAGGCGUUGUGGGCGGCAUCCUCUUCUUCCUUGUCGCCAUCAUCCUCAGCAUAUGCGCGGUGAAGAUAUGCAAUAAACGGAAGAGACGAAAACAGGAGAAAGAACUGCUUUCAGCGUAUAAUAUGGUGGCCUGCCGGGUCACCGACGCCAGGAACGGCGCAGGGCAGGGGCCCCAGGGAACAGUGCCUUUGAAAAAACCUAGAAAAAGCCGAGUACCAGGUUUAAGCCUCCUGAAGGAGAUCCUGAGCCCGGAUACCCCGGACUCAUGCCGCUGUCGUCCGCUAGGCAAAAUUUCCCGAGCGGCCGACGGCCGCUUCGUCGUGGCGGACUCGGUUCUCAGCUCGGCCAACAACAGCAUCCUAGACGUCUCCAGCAGCGACGACGGUGGAUUCCUGCCAAAGCAACGGCUUAAGUCCUCGUGGCGACGCCCCCUGGUUGGCAUCAGCCAGCUAAGUCUGAGAUCCGACGGUAGCGGCGUGUCCAUAGGUCCCCUGCCAUCAGGUUGUCAUCAUGGCGUUGUAAAUCCUUUGGCGAGGAUACCGCCCGCGAAUGUUUGUACGAUCACGUCACCUAGAUUCCUGGCCAGUUCGCCGAGUGGGGCUCAGGUUCCUUGGACGCCUUUGUACUUCAGCGAUCUCAGCUCUGUCAAACAACCAUCCUCUGGCGAACGUUCCUUCCCAACACCACCCGGCUACCUCCAGCUUCGCAGCGUACACCAACGAUACAGCCAAGAGUUACCGUCGCUUAAAGUGAUCCAUGCCGAGUCGAGGCGGUUCGUACCGGUUCAACCGUUAGCGACGUCUUCGCCGCCGCAGCCGGCUGGACGACCUAGGGCGAGGUUGCCGCCAAGACACGCAAGGCACGCCAGAUCGGCACCAGAGCUCGCUGCCUCGCCCGACCUGGAGACUUCGCCUGAGAGCAGAUCGAGCAGUUCGGGUUUCGGCAGCAAGAAUACCUCGCAACAGAACCAGAGCUCAAGAAGUGGUAGCACGGUUGCCGAAUGGAGACCGCCGCCUUACAGACCACCUCCACCGCCAUUGGUGGGUCGCUGGCUUGAGCUUCAAAAUCAGGCCAAGGUGGGACACACGCACAUACAAAAUGCCGUGGACGCCGGCAGCGUUGACGGCCACUACGAGUUCGAUCCGGUGUCGUGCACGCCGACACCAACAUCGGCCUCGACGCCUACGCGGGAGGAGAGACCGCCGAUGCAUCAGAUCCACAUUCCCCACAUCCAUCAAGUGCACACGGUACAUCAACAGGCACCGAGGUAUAGCAGAGAGAACAUAGAGGCCCGAGUACAGGCGAUGAAGGCGGAAUUUCAUCAGUUUCGGCAGAGACAGGCGAGAAGACGACAGAGUGCGCACUUGGAAAGUGCAUGUUGAAAAACUUGAAGGAGAUCUUGACGAUCGAUUAACGAUUCAAUUUCAUUAGAACCGCAUUAGAACCGCUGCACCGCAAGUCUAACGAUCGAGUUGAAACGAUUCGAAUGGUUGCAGAGUUAAAUACAUAAAUGUGUGAGACGAAAGUAAUUCUCAAGAGAAGAGCUAAGAGAAAUCUCGGAGGAAGCUAGAUAUCGUUCGCGAUUAAAUUUUGGCUGGCUUUCGAUUACCGUAGAAGAUCGCGCGUUUCAACACGGCGACGACAACGUGAUCAUCACCGAAGACCAACCACUGCAGCACAACGAGGAUCAUCAUCACACGUGAUUCCGCAUUUAGAGGAGUUUAAGUCAAUUCUAGUAGCUGGUCAUCCAUCUACAAAAGAAGGCUGUUAUAAGCAUCAGCUCAGGAUACAUAAGUUUCGCACGACCACGAGACGGGAGCGACGUAGUAGAACUGUACGUUAAGACGAUAAUCUUUCGGAGUUUCGCCCGUUUUACCGAUUAAGAGGACCGACGAGUAUCCUACGGGGGGAAAAAACAAUCUCGAUAUCAUUUAUUCGGGGGGAGGGAAGGGGGGGGCUAAUAACCCGGCGACGCCGAUCGCGCUGGGACGAUAAUAGAAACGAAGUGCGUAAACGAAAAUGUUUGAAUCCAAUAAUUAUUGGUCAUAUCCCGCGUACACCAACCACGCCUAUGUCCGGUUUAGAGGACCGUGAUUUUUAACGUUACUAUAUAUAAUAAUGUAGAGGAACAUAUGGAAAAAUUCACGGGGAACGAGCAGGAAGAGGACGCUCUUUUUUUUCUUAAACUCAGUGGAACUGUGCGCAGAAGAAUGAGAUAUACUCCCGAUUGGCUCAAAGGGAUGCUUAACUGUAUCGAAAUCGUCUCGUAUCACGAUCGGGACGAAAGAAAUGAUGAGAAGGGAAGACGGAAAAGCAAAAGAAAUGGAAAUAGUUACGUCGGCAUGAUACUCCAAAGAAACUGUACCACUGUACAUGCUCCGCGUAUACCUUUUAAAUAUAAGAUUAAAUUUAAUCGUAUGCUGUAAGUAAUAAUUAAAAACGAAAGCAAAACAAAAAAGUAAGAUAAUCGAAGAAUUACCACACACACUCACAUAUAGACACUUACAUAUGUACACUCACAUAAACACUCAUACAUGCAUACACGCACACACACACACCACACACACACACAUACACAUAUAUACGUACACACAAAAUAAUUAUAUCGAUGAGCAAUGGACUCGAAACGUGAUAUUAGGCCGAAGCUUGCCUCGAGAUUGCUUAAGGACUCACUCGUACUGCACUGCCUGUUUAGGGUUUCGCUAGCGACCCAACAUAUUAUCGGCACAAUAAUUUUUCUUAAGCAACGUAAAAACGAGAAAAUAACAAUAACGUUCUUCGAAUCUACACGUUCGGCCAGUAUAGCACGACGAUUAUGUGCGCACGUUCACCACGUAUGUCACCGUAUGUUGGCGACAUGCUGGUUUACCGCCUAUCGGCACUCCGGUCGUUCGCCGGUCAUCCUUCUUGAAUUAGAUUAGUGACGCGAGCACGCGCAUCGACGACAAACGAUGUCGAUUGGACUCUUAAAAAAAAAAAAAGAACAAUGAAAAUCAUUAGGAAAAAAAAUCCUUCAACUGCCAAUGAAAAAAAUGGGUCCGAUAGUGCAUUCGAUUCAUUUCGUACGAAGUGUUGACGUUGAUUAAAUAAACUAAAACUAGAAUAAUUAAGUGGAGAAGGAUGACCGAUAGACACACCGCCAUCACCGCCGGGAGGGAGGUGCACGUGCGCACACACGCGCUGGUUGAACCGAAGUUCGUGUGUAAUUAGAGAGACGAAGGAGUUAUAAAACACGAAAGCGUACACACCACACACAUGACAGGCAUACGGAAAUACAUACAUUCACAAGCAGCAGACAAAGAACACACAGACGCGCACAUAAUACAAGAGAGGCGUUCUUCGAAACCCACCUAAUUCUCACCAAACGCAUCGGAUCAUCUUGAAUCACGAGAGCUCGAAGGCCGGCAAUCGCCGAUCGCGAGGGGUUCUCGGGCGAAUCUACGGGCUAAUCAGUAUCGAGCUGCGCGACCUAACACGAGAAUAUAUAUCCCAGCGAAGAGGUAUAACCUGCAGCGGCGCGCUCGUUUUUUCUCUUACCCCUUUUUUUCUAAUUUUCUCUACACGUGCGACCGUAAAGACACCCCACGUAGGAUCGGCCCGGCCCGCGACUCUCGGCGUUUUACUUUCUUUAUAGUACAAACACUUAUUUAUACAUACGUACGUAUUAUACAUAUUUAUUAUAAAUAUUAGCAAGGGCUCUACUCACGAUUCAACUAUACUUCGACGAACCAUAACGGCGAGAGGAAGAGGACGAAGAUGCGUAACAAGGAGCGGCGUGGACGUCAUCAAAGCGCUCUAUACAAUUUUUGUUAAAAUGUGCAUGUAUGCGUGCGUACGAAGCCGGAUUCAAACCGAGCGAACAAACGUGAACAAACACGAAUGAACGGAUCCCUUCAAUCAGGACCGCAUUCAAGAACUUUAUCCGGGUUUAUCCAGGUAUUUUAUCUUUGUUGUUCACUGAAUGCCAAACAAGGAUAAAGUAAUACCUAGGUGCAUCCGAGUGGCUUUAUAAUAUAUCGCGAUACAAUUUGCAUUCAUCAACACGUUGUUCAUUCGUGUUUGAUCACGAUCGUCUGCUCGGCUCGGAUCAAGUUUGACGUGCGAGAAAAGGUGAACGUGCGAGAAUACGUGGACGAGUGAAUGGAGUAAGAACGAAAGUAGACUAAAGCCGGAUCUAGACCGAGCAAACGAGCGCGAACAAACGCGAAUGAAUAACUUGCUUCAAUGAUUAUGAACCGACGUUACGAGUACUGGCAGCUUCAUUUGCGCGAUAUUGAAACAAGUUGUUCAUUUGCGUUUGUUCGCGCUUGUUUAUUCAAUCUGCAUUCGUGUUUUACACGUGAGCAAAUGCUGUUGUUAAGACAAAACAGAGAGCAUAAUGUAACAUACACGAUCACGCAAAGAUAACAAAAGAAUAAAAAAAAAAGGCAUACGAUAAAAGUUAAGAAAUAACGGAGGUGACACGAAAGAGUACCAAUAUUCUAAAGUAAUUCUAAUGGUUGAAUUAAUAAUUUGAUAAUUAAUUGAUAUUGUAAAUCGUAAACGACGUAGCGUGUAGCGUAUUAAUCAACGAGAGAGCGACGAACGCGACGAGUAUUUAUUAAUUAAUUAUUAUAUCCGCGCGGGAGUAUUACGAUGAGAUAAUAUGUGGAAGGAUGGGGGAGGAGGUGCUGAAGGACUCGCGUCGGUAGAAUGGUACCAAUUUUUAUCGUCAAUCGCGUAAAAUCGUUAAUAUGUUACUAGCGAUAAACGUAUUGGAUGCAUGAGAUGUAUGUAAUGCUGAGGAUGUAAGAGAACAAAUCUCUGUCGAAUCAACGUUCACUGUAGACGUUGGGGAAAUGCUCUUGACAACGUCAUGAUAAUACACGUUUCGUAAUCAUACAUUAUACAUGAAGAAACACCCUCUCCCCCUUCUGAAUGGAUGCAGCAAAAAGGAAGAAUCAUGUACGCGAGAGAAGGUGAUCCAACCAACUGACUUGUAGAUGUAUAAGUAACGUGUAGAUAUAUCAUAGUUAGAUACAACGAUCUCAAGAGGUCACGCAGUGUGGAUGAGCGUGAUACAUGCGAAAAUGAGAUAGGGAGAGAGAGAGAGAGAAUGAGAGAAAAUGUGAGAGUAAAGAAAGAAAGAUUUGGGAAGUAAAUAAAAAUAAUAAAAAACCAAAAGACAAAAUCUCGAACGAUUCUCCGCAUUAUCUUUGAGUUUAUCACGCAGCGCGAAAAGUUCAUGAUAAAACGAAUAUAUUCGUAACGUAUCCGAAAUAUAAUGGAGAUCUAGGAAAAUCGUAAGGUUGUGAAAGAAGAAAGCACUGUAUGAUUGUGAGAAAAAAAGAGAGUGAGAGAGAGAGAGAGAGAGAGAGAGAGAGAGAGAGGAAGAAAGAGCGAAAAUGAAAGGAAAGUGAAAGAGAAAUGUGAUUCUCUUAAAACGGCAUAUUUAUGGAUAAUAUGGUUGAAUCGUGAAUCCGUUUGUAAAACUUUAUCACCCGUCACGACGGUUUCGUUCGUCCUGAGUUCCUUUUUCGCGACUCGUGUGAAUUUACGUUUAUCAUCGUCAUCACGCACUUUUUCCGUUCGCGAUACUCGUCGUUGUAUUUUCGCCGCGCUGUCGCAUACGCGUGUAACUCGCGCGAGGCCGCGAGCGGCCGCCGUGAUUUGUGAAUUAAUUAAGUAAUUAAGCGUUUCGUUUGUUAUAUGUACCUGAAAGCCAGUCGUGGUUUCGGCUCAUUGCCCGAAAUCGCUCGAGCGAAAUUCGUGAGGCCCUCGAAGCAGGACGUUCGCGAUUUUGAAAAGUCGACGAUUUUUGGCAUCGCGAAUUAUGUGCAGCUUCAUUCGUCACGCGGCCGGAAACGUACGCUUAUUUCGCUUAUCAAUGAGUUCGUGUAUAAAUUGUAGAUAGCCAUAAAAAAUAUAUUGCGCAAAUACAUAAAUCGCGGAAGCUGUAGAUAUAAUAUCAUAUGUAUGAGAGGCGAAUGCGAUGGCGAUAAUCCGUAAUAUUGCAUAGGUAAAAAUUGCAUAAAAGUUUUAAUAUAAUAGCUCGCGAUCUCGUUGUUAAAUCACGAUCGCAUUCCCGCGAAACCUUGAAAAUAAUCCUCAACGUAUUUGCAAUGAUAAGUAGUCGAUUCUUCGGCGUAUUUAAAUUGCAAAGAAGCAAACAGCGACGAUGCUGCUUCGAGGUACAGUGUUCGCGCCGAAGAUGAUAAUUUGACGUAAAAUAUAUGCUAAUGUCAUACUAUUCGCAAUACCGAUUGUUCGGAUAUAUGUCUUUCGGUCGACACGAAAGACACGUUCGAGUCGAAUUCAAUGGCUCUCGGGUACUACGUUCUGCUUGGAUCUGCGAUCAUCCAUAUGCGCCUACGACUUGUUUGAGAUCUUGUAUAACGUGCAAUAUUUUCCUGCAACAAUAAGCAUUAUCGAAUUCUCUUUGCAAUCGAAUCUACGGCAGAUCUACGCGCUCUAGUAAAGAUAAAGAUCGUCGCGGCUCCAAGCACAGCUCUCAUCUUCGAGUGCUCUCGCAUCAUCGUACACCGGCACAAUUGCUAUUGCAACAAUAAUAUUUGUUGCUCCGAAUUGAAUUCGAAGAAAAGAGAUAGAGCAGAGAUUUUUUUUUCUUUUCUUGUUUCUUUUGUUCUUUCAUUCUACUGUUAAUUUCUUUCUUGUUGAGUCAUCAGAAUGUACGGUCACACUCGUAAUCGUUAGUCUUCUCACGUCCGACAUCGAAUCGCUUUUACACACGCAUGUAACGUUCUUCUGUAUCGUCUGUAUCUUCACUUCCGCUUAUUCUCGACUGUAUCCGCCGUUGGAUUUGUACACGGUGCGUUGAACCGUUUCGUUGUCACUUUCGCAAAUGCUCGUUGUUCACCUCCAUACCCAGUUUGAUUGAUUGAUCUAUGCUUUCUCGCGAACCCCCUCACGAGAAUUCCAAGACGUACUAACUUAGGACAAAUUGUAGACAAUUUAUUAUUAAAUAAAAUGAAAAAUAAAUCGA